CCCCGAUAUAAAGGGCGGCUCCGGUUGCGGCUUGUGAGUAGCCGGCGGCCGCAGCAUCUGUCCCGGGCGGAGGGGCCAACACCACCGGCACCAUGGCUGGACCAUGUCUGUCAAUGCACUGGCUGAUCUAAUCAAGACAUGUUGCUGUAGCAUACCUCAACUGUGCCAACCUCUUCCAUAAAUGUUGUGCAUGCCUACUAAUGUACAAGGGAUCUUAAACACAAUCAGUCUUUUGUGACUCUAGCUACAAAUGACUCUUAUGUUAAAGGAGCACUGGUCUUGGGUUCAUCUCUGCAACACCAUAGAACGAUAAAGAAACUAACUGUGCUCAUAACGCCUCACGUCUCUGCUCCCAUGCGGAAAGUGCUAGAAAAAGUCUUCGAUGAAGUCUUAUUGGUAGAUGUCUUGGACAGUGGAGAUUCAGCCCAUCUAGCACUAAUGAAAAGACCUGAGCUGGGUGUCACUUUAACAAAACUCCACUGCUGGGAACUGACUCAGUUUUCAAAAUGUGUGUUCAUGGAUGCGGACACAAUGGUUUUAACAAAUAUUGAUGAGCUUUUUGAGAAGGAAGAGCUAUCUGCAGCACCAGAUCCAGGCUGGCCUGACUGUUUUAAUUCUGGAGUUUUUGUUUAUCGACCUUCCAUUGAAACAUACAAUCAGCUGUUACAACUUGCCACAGAGAAAGGCAGCUUUGAUGGUGGGGACCAGGGGUUAUUAAACACCUUCUUCAGCAGCUGGGCAACAACAGAUAUCAACAAACACCUGCCAUUUAUUUAUAACUUAAGCAGCAUUUCUCUAUACUCCUACCUUCCAGCAUUUAAAGCGUUUGGCACAAAUGCUAAAGUGGUGCAUUUCCUAGGAAGAAUGAAACCAUGGAAUUACACAUAUGACUCCAAAACAAAAAGCAUAAAAGGUGACACAAGUGAUCCCACAAUGGUUCACCCAGAAUUCCUCAACAUGUGGUGGCAUACCUUCGUCACCAACAUCUUACCACUACUCGAACAACAUGGAAUUGUUAAAGAUGCCACUACAGGUGUAAAGGCGCUGUCGGGCUUGGUCUAUUCUCUGGCUUUCUCUUGUGGCUUCUGUAGAGAGGACGAGGUUACAGAGGCAGUGUCCCACAUAUCACUUUCAGCAGCAGCACCAACUUCACCGCCAUCUCCUCCACCAGCUGAAUCUUCAGAAGAACGGAAGGAGAAGUGGGAGCAAGGCCAGGCUGACUAUAUGGGAGCAGACUCCUUUGACAAUAUAAAGAAAAAACUUGACACCUACCUCCAGUAGAAGCACUUCUAUUGCCGAUGUUCACAGAGAUGCAAGAACUUGUUCCAGAGCUAUAGCAGCUAGGAAAGUGUUGAAUAUGGUCAGUUAAGCUUGCUAGUAGCUUGAUAAUACUCAUCAGGCUGAAGAUCUUUGCAGUACUACAGGUGAGAACUGAGCAAAAGCUAUAGAGUAGAAAUCCUUGUGCCGGCUGUACCUGCACAAUCCUGAAGCCUUCCCUUCUAAGUAAGACUGCUGGAUAUGCCUAUUUUAAAAA